AUGAGUGCCCAUCUGGCAAUGCCCCCCUACCAGCCUUACCCAGCCGGGGUAGGAACUGGAAUAAGGUAUGGAGACUACUAUUGGAAUUGCCCAGGGGAGAUGGACAAUGUCCCCCACAAAGAGGCAGCAGAUGCUGAUGUCCCGGUCCCAGAGCCAGAGGAGAAGACCCUCCAUAACCCAGAGCUCUCUCCAGCUUCCUCCAGCUCGGGAACACGCAUGCGGUACACCCCGGACUCAGCCACCAGCCCCAACACGGAGCCCCCAUCCCCACACCCUGCGAUCCGGGUGGGUGGGGUGGAAAGCGGGGGAGGGGUGAAGAAGGCCAAGAGCCGCACGGCCUUCUCCCAGGAGCAGCUGCAAACCCUGCACCAGCGAUUCCAGAGCCAGAAAUACCUCAGCCCCCAGCAGAUCCGGGAGCUGGGCUCAGCCCUGGGGCUCACCUACAAGCAGGUAAAAACAUGGUUUCAAAACCAACGGAUGAAGUUUAAACGAUGCCAGAAGGAAACUCAGUGGAUGGAAAAAGGGACAUGCCUAUCCCAAGCAGGUUACCUGGAUCUGAACCCCAGUUAUCACCAGGGUUGUCCAGUUAGUGCCAGCAGGAACAUCCAGACUGUGACCAAUGUGCAUCAGAGCUAUGGUAGCAGCCAGACCUAUGGGAAUAGCCAGAGCCUGUAUCCCUUCGUGGCUAUCGAGGAGGAGGGGUUCUUUGGGAAAGCUGGGGGAGCCUGCAGUGCCCAGCAGGCAAUGGGCUUCUUCAGCCAGCAAAAGAUGAACUUUUAUCAUGGCUUCCCAGCGAACAUGGAUUAUGCCAGCGUGGAGACAGAAGAUGGCUACCACUUCCAGAAUGCCUCUGUCAAUGCAACGUCCUUCCCGGGCACUGCUGGGUGCCAGCAGUACCAGCCAGCAUGGCACCCUCAAGGGACGCAAAGCAACUAUAACUCUUAGGCCUAUCCUUUUUCUUUCCCUCUCCCACUCUUUCUUCCGUUUCUGUUAUCCAGCCUCUCAGUUCUUUAGGGCCCUGAUCCUGACUCCUGAGAUGUGUGGAGUCCCCCAGCUCCCAUUGACUCCAGUGGAGGGGCUUGGCACCUUGCACAAUGGUUGGGGUCUCUCUCUCCUUCUCUUCUUUAAGAGGCACCUGUCUGUGUCUUACUCAAGAGGUGUGCUGCAUGGCUCUGAAGUUGACUUUCCUCAUAUUGACCCUGGCUGGCUCCAGGAAUAGGCUCUGUAUGUGUAUGGAAAGCCAUGUUCAUGCAAGGAAGUGUGUGAAUGUUGGAAUUGGAGAUAACAGAGUCUACACCAGUGAGUCCUUUCCCUACCCUAGUGUCCCCAAUACAGCAGUAUCCCCUCUGUAGAUCCUUUCCAGGGCUUAGUCCAGUCCUUGUUUGAAAUUAAUUACAAAUAUUUGCACUGUAAAUAAAAAUAAAUAAACAAAACCAAGCAUGGGGUUUUCU